CGGCGCUGAGUCACUUUCACGCGGUAGAGAGCCGGGGCUGGAGUUGAGAAUAUCGCAGUGGUCGUAAAGCCUGCGUUUGCGGCAUUGCGGAUCCCAUUGGAAGGCAGAGGAGAGCCGUGCCACGUUUGACAGAUCACUUCUCCCAGAGGCACCUUGCAUUCCUCCCAACAGAACACCCUCCCCUCUUGCCCUUGACUGCAGCUUCACGCGGCACCAUGCCCAGAGAGCUAACCAGGAACCCGAUGCAGAAAAUAUGGAUGCCUUACAAAGACGAGAGGCCCGCAGUGCCAUCCCAAUCAUAUAUUCCACACCUUACCAACUCCCCCACUGUGAUUGUGAUGGUGGGGCUGCCGGCUCGGGGGAAGACCUACAUAGCCAAGAAGCUGACCCGGUAUCUCAACUGGAUAGGAGCCCCAACCAAAGUUUUCAACGUUGGCGAGUACCGUCGGGAGGCUGUUAAGUGGUACCGGUCAUAUGAUUUCUUCCGCCAUGACAACGAAGAGGCUAUGAAAAUUCGGAAGCAGUGUGCAUUGGCAGCCUUGAGAGAUGUGAAGACCUAUCUAGCAGAGGAAGGUGGCCAAAUUGCAGUUUUUGAUGCUACAAAUACCACCAGAGAUAGACGGGCGAUGAUCCUGAACUUUGCGGAAGAAAAUGGAUGGAAGGUGUUUUUUGUUGAGUCUGUCUGUGAUGAUCCCAGUGUGGUGGCAGCAAACAUCAUGGAUGUGAAGGUGUCCAGUCCAGAUUAUAUGGAUUGUAACAGGGCGGAUGCAAUGGACGACUUCCUCAAGAGAAUCGAGUGCUACAAAGCAACCUAUCAGCCUUUGGACCCAGACAACUAUGACAAGGAUCUCUCGUUCAUCAAGGUGAUUAACGUGGGCAGGCGAUUCCUGGUGAACCGGGUUCAGGAUCACAUUCAGAGCAGGAUAGUCUAUUACCUGAUGAACAUUCACGUCCAUCCUCGUACAAUCUACUUGUGUCGUCAUGGGGAGAGUGAAUAUAACCUCAAGGGCAAGAUUGGUGGUGAUUCUGGGCUCUCUUCCAGAGGGAGGAAGUUUUCCACAGCGUUAGGAACGUUUUUGGAGGAGCAGAACCUGAAGGAUCUGAAGGUGUGGACCAGCCAGUUGCAGAGGACCAUCCAGACGGCUGAGGUGUUGGGAAGCCAUUAUGAGCAGUGGAAAGCACUCAAUGAAAUAGAUGCUGGUGUAUGUGAAGAUAUGACCUAUGAAGAAAUCAAGGAGCAAUAUCCUGAGGAAUACUCCCUCCGUGAACAAGACAAAUAUUAUUACCGUUACCCAACGGGAGAGUCUUACCAAGACCUGGUGCAACGCCUGGAGCCGGUUAUUAUGGAACUGGAGAGACAGGGCGAUGUUUUAGUCAUUUGUCAUCAAGCAGUGAUGCGUUGCCUUCUCGCGUACUUCCUGGAUAAAAGUGCAGAUGAACUGCCGUACCUCAAGUGUCCUCUUCACACUGUACUGAAAUUGACUCCAUUUGCAUAUGGUUGCAAGGUCGAGUCUAUCUUUCUGAACGUGGAGGCAGUAAACACACACAGAGAUCGGCCAGAGGACGUUGGUAAGAAGGGAUCAAACCCACUCAUGCGGCGCAAUAGUGUAACUCCUCUAGCCAGCCCAGAGCCCAACAAAAAGCCGAGGAUUGAAGGCCUCGAGGACCAUGUGGCCUCCUGUUCCUCAUCCAUGCCCGUCUCUCUGGCAUCCGACGGGUCCACACCCCUGCCUGGACAAAAUGUAAGUGAGAUGCCGAGGUCUUCGGAAGCUGUGGUAACCCUCUCUGUCCAAGACUGAAACGCUUGUUUGCUUUUGGAGGUUGCAUAUUGCUUUAAAACCAAGCCCCCAAUGUCAAGAGACACUGGACUCCUUGUUCUGGAUAUCAGCUGCUUGGAUGCGUUGGAGAAGAAUUUUGGAUUUAACAUGAGACCUUUGACCACUCUAACAUUUACUGAAUGUCUUGCUACUGUAAUAAUGUGCAAGUGCUUUUACUGAACAAAAGUUGUUCUUCUGUUUGUAAAUAGCUAGGACAUCUCGUUGGAGGGAUAUAUUGAAUUGUGUAUACAUAAUGUAAAUAGUUACUGGAGGGUUUGACUCUACUUUGCUGUUUGUCAUGAAAUGUACAGUCUUGUGUGCAGGAGCACCUGUUCCUGAAAUGUUCACUACAAUAUCAUGGAGGUGUUUGAGAGGCCAGUUUAACUUCAGAAUGCUGGAGAUCUGGACUUGGCAUACAGCUGGUUAAAUGAAUUAUGCACAUAUUUAUGGAAAAGCUAAGGUUGCCAUGUGACCAAUUCCGUUUUUGCUUGUGUGUAAUUUCCUUACCUUUUUGUGUGAAAUGUGGAUGUUAAUUGUUACAAAAUGGCUCCAGGCGUGACAGAACCUGGAACUGUUGGGAGUGUGAAUGAACACUGAUGUAAAAGUUUACACAUACCAGCCAUGGCAGAAAUCGGGGAUGUGAAACACCUAUAUGUAAACGGACUUCAGCUUUCUUGGAACUGAAGAGUUCUCAUUCCAGAAUAAUGAAAGUGAAGGCAUUGUUCCUACUGACUGAAAAGGAACUAAGAUUUGGGCAAGUGGACGGGACAAUGAUUUUUUUUCUCUCUCCAAGCAUAUCUGAACUGAACUCUGGCUGUAUAAUCUGGUAAAAACUUGCAUCUAUUGCCUGCUGACACCUGGUAAUGAAAAAAUGUAUAAGCUUGAUAUUCAUGUUUUCCCCCCAUUACCACCUUGGCACAAGAUGUAGGGUUAAUAAGCUUUCCUGUUACUCGGCUGGGCUGCACUGAGAUUCAGCAAACCCGGAGACUGAUGCUGUCCAAACACGUGUUCUUCACUACCAAGAAGGUCACAACCAAAUGCUGUAGGAUGGCAGAGACCAGUUAUGUGGAUGUGCGCAGUCUGUUAAGUGAUAGUGCAAUUAUUGCAGAGCACCAGAGGAUUCUAGCAUUACCAAAGGACCUAUUUUCCAUCCUCCUGUCACUGUGCUGAACUCAUUUUUCAUUAACUCCGACUGUUCUGUUAGCUGACAAGGGCAUGAUGUGACCACAGUGCCUGGUGUGUUUAUCUUGCACAGAGGGAGUUGAGCAGUAUUGAGGUGAUUGAAGGUUUUGAGAGGGUGGGAGAUGAAAAUGCACUUGAUCUAAAGCCUACUGGAGCUCCUUCUGACAAGCCACCAGCAAGCUAUUUAUGGUUCAUUCCUUCAGUGAUAGAAGCAUUGUUGCACACUUUUAUUUAUCUGUGUUUUAUAGUUGGGGAUGUGAGUAGAAAGAGUUUGGAUCAGGAUCAAAAAAGCAAUGUUAAUUCAAUUGAGUGCAGAUUUAGUGGAUUCUGGGAUUAGUAUUCACUAAAGUAUCUACAGCAAUGUACUCAUUCCAGUCAAAUGGUGUCAUUAUUUGGAUGAGUGGAUAAGAGUGGAAAGUUGGUAUGAUUUUUUUGUUAAUUCUGUUUUAUAUAUUCUGUUGUACUGUCUUAACAUGCAAAUUUAUUUAAGUUUCAGAACACAAGGGAACAUUUCCCUCUUAACAGCUUGGCAUGUUGCAUCUACUGUGUAUGUGAUUUUUUUUUCCCUUCUGAGGAAGUCAGCUAGAUAGCAUCAUAGUAAACACAGGGUAAAGUUUCUGAAUAUGCAAAAUUUUGCAUUUGCUGGACCAAUAAUAAAAUAAGUUUAAUUAAA